AUGCUACUGUCAAGACCUAUCCUCGAAGUUGUGAGGAGCAUCAUUACACGUGCAUAUUGUGUCUUACCAGCAGGUCUGCAGAAGGGGUCAAACCCACGCAAAGAGUUCAAUUCGAACACUGUCAAACUGGACCCAGAGGAUGCUACUCACGAAGAUUCAACUUCCGAAUCCAAGGAAGCAGAGGUCAAGGAUGAGGCAGAGGUCAAGAAGGAGAGUAUUUCGAAUGGUGGAACGAACUCCCAAGGUCCUGCCAUCUCGGAAGACUGGGAAUAG